AUGCCUCAGCGAGAGAGUCAGUUUCAUUUGUCUAACUCCUCCCGUCCCUCGCAAAACACCUACAGAGAAACUUCCUCCCGUCGGAACACCAGGUCGUUUAGCAGGGACAGACGACCGACCACCCAAAGACAUGUACGAUCUUCACAGGAGAUUCCAAGCACCUUUCCACAUGACUCAGCCAGACGAUUGCCUACGAGAUCGUCACAGGCGCGAGGACAAGAAACGGAGUCUGAAGACGAUGUCUCAGGAUACGGGGACCUAUCACAAAGAGCUUCACAGAUUGAUUUACAGCUUCAUGGUGAGAUGUAUUUGACAAAAGACGGGAGAGUCAAUGCCCGACAACCUACGAGCCCGCCACUCUCAAGCCUACCACCCCAGGAGUCUCAAUUUCAGCAAUCCUCGUCGAGGGAUACGUUACCGUCGGCCGCACGAAAUAGACAAUCUGACGCGAACCAGCCGUAUGACACUUUUUAUGCCUCCCCCGGGCGUAGUAAUAGGUCUCCUACCCGUCGAAACGCCUUAACUAGUCAGACACAUACUCACUCCGGUCAUCAAGCUUCUGAGUCUAUUAGAACAUCGUCGGGGGGGACCCGCCCCGAAGCCCGUCGUCAAAUUUCUGAGCUUUCUAGACCGGCGUCGAUAAGAGCCCCUUCCGAAGUCGUCAGGAGUACAGAUUAUGCUAGUGGCAGCGGCGGUGGGUAUUCUGGAGAGUCGUCGUCACAAAAUCUACUAGCGCCGGUAGACCCUACCGAUCCCAACAAAACCAGAGCUCUCCGACAUCGUAGCUUAGGGCAAUUCAACAUUGAGCUGAGGACUCUAAUCGAAAAAGCUGGGUGGCAUCUCACCAAAGAGACACUAUUCAAAAACCCGAUGCCCUAUCACGGGGACUAUAGGCGAUAG